AUGCACGUAACAGAACGUGGCGUGGUGCGCGCAGCCAUAUGGCUCGUUUCGCUCACCGGUUUCCUUUGGCAGACGGGUAUCAUCCUGAAGAUGUAUUUCCAGUACCCGUUCUCCGUCACAGUCGUCGAAGAACUGCAGAAGGGAAUCAUGUUCCCAGCCCUCACCGUCUGCACGGAAAACUGGAUUAACAAGUCUGCCUACUGCACCCUGUUAAAGAACAACUGCGACGAUAACUAUCAGCCUCGCCCCGGCCGACUGUCGGUGCUGGUGCACGACCUGGAGGCACAGGACAAGGUGUCCAUGUCCGCGGGCGACAUGUUUGAAUGUUACCUGCGCUCCACCGAUCCAACGUGCUCAGCCAUCCCCUGCAAAGAGAACAUAAUGCGCACGUACUUCCGCCGCCCGAACCACAUGUGUUACACCCUGGACCUGAUAGAAUACGCAGAACAUGGGAGCACAUUUCUCCAGUGCAAGGCGCCUUGGACGUGGGAGCUCGAACUGAAUGCGCACUGGAGCACACGAACGUCGGCGGCCAUCGAAGACUCGAACAGGUUUCCUGUGAUUGUGCACAGACCUGAGACAUGCCCCCCAGACAAGCUGUCGGCUAUCGUGGGAGAGACCGGUGUCGAAUACGUUCUCUCUGUGACGCAGCAAACGGUGAAGCGCUUGCCACCACCUUAUGCGUCCAAGUGCACUGACUACGCAAGGCAUGGAAAGAGCAGGGCGUAUGGUGGAUACUUAAAUCAAGACACUUGUUUUCAGGAUUGUGAAAUGAGGCUCCAAGCAAAACACUGCGGCUGCGUGGACCCUGCGCUUGCUUUCGCUGGUGCUUUUGGAGCUAGGGCAUGUGAACCGGGCGCCGCCGAGGUUUGUGUGGCGUCCCUCAGUAAGAACAACACUUUCAAACCGUGCCACAAGAAGUGCCGCGCACCGUGUAUGGACACUGCGUACGACGUUCGACUCACGGGUAUGGGUGUCGCAUCGUUCAAGUUGUUAACGAGCGACGAGGCCAAGCUUUUCGGUCUGACCGUAAAGUUCUCCUCGGACACGCAGAAGAUCUUCGUCUACGAGCCUAAUCUUACGAUUGUGGAAGCAUUCGGCUACAUGGGCGGUUACCUAGGAAUGUGGCUCGGAUUCUCACUGCUCUCAAUUCUCAAGGGUUUGGAGGAAAAUAUCCUGGAUUUCUUCUUCGGAAGCGACAGAGUGACGUCCAUAAAGAUUCCAAGGAACGCCACGAAACAAGACGCCAUCCACACGUCGCGCCUGCUUAACCACCGUGUUCGAGCGCUGGGGAUGGGGCCGUAUUAGAAUGACUUUCUUUUCUUAUAUAUGCCAAACAAUUUUGCAAGAACACAGCGUGUGGGAGAGAGAGUGAGAGUGAGAUGAGAAGAAAACGCAGGGAGUUUAACCUGGUGCUAGUAACAGUUUGCUACCCUGCACAGGGUUGAGGAAAAUAAAUAUAUGUGUCGGAAAGAGGAGAGAGAGAGAGAGAGAGAGAGAGAGAGAG